AUGGCUAAUCCAAAAGCUUUUCUACACGAAUGGUGUGCAAAAAAUAACUUGGAACCUCAAUUUGAAAUCAAGCAAGCCGGUACAAAAUUUAAUAUACGGUUUAUAUGUGAAGUUACCGUAAGUGGACAUAAUUAUGUUGGUGUAGGAAAUUCGACUAGUAAAAAAGAUGCUCAAGGAAAUGCAUCAAAAGACUAUCUCUUAUACUUGACAAGGCAAGGAUUGGUAUCUGCUGACUCAUUACCACCUAAUUUUAUUUCUGGUCCUGCUUCAAAUGAUUCAAUGGUUAAAGCACCAGGAAGAUUAAUGAAUAAUGAGCCACCAAAAUCUGUAUAUCAACAAGGCCAAACUCCCAAUAUGCUCGGUGAAGCUUAUCGACCAAUUGGGAAGACAGAUUUUCAGUUUAAAGAUUUUUUAAAUGAAGAAAGUAAAGUUGAAGAGGCAGAAAAUUUAGAUGUGAAUGCUGCUGUACAUGGUAAUUGGACAAUUGAUAAUGCCAAAUCACGUUUAAAUCAAUUUAUUCAAUCUAAUAAGUUAAAAAACAUUGAUUACAAAUAUAGUUUUAUGGGAAAGAGUUUUGUAGCUGAAAUGUCAAUAUAUGUAGCAAAACUUGGAAGAAAUGUAACUGCUCAUGAAAGUGGUUCAAACAAACAAUCAGCAUCCAAAAGUUGUGCAUUAUCUUUGAUCCGUCAACUAUACCAUUUAGGUGUUAUUGAACCAUUCUCAGGAUCUUUAAAAAAAACUAUUUUAAACAUAGUAGAACCAUAUGAAGUUAAUGUUGAUCCUUUGAUAUUAAACAAAGUAUAUGAUAUAUUGCAAGAGUUUAAUAUUGAACCUGUAAUUAAGAAUGAUACUGUUAUUGAACCAGAAACCACAAUUUCAUUAAUUUCUAAUCAAGUGCUUGCGGAAUUUAAUGAGUCAAAACCGGUUAGAUUAACAGGAGUGAUUCCAUGGUCACCGCCUCAACCAAAUUGGAACCCUUGGUUGGCCAUAAAUAUUGAUGAAGGCCCUUUAGCUACUGCUAGUUUAGAUCAACUUAGUGAAGAACUAGCUAAAGAUUAUAGUAUGAAAUUAAACUCCUCGGAAAGUUUUAACGAAAGUAUUGCAAUGCGUAGUCAACUUCCAGUAUUUGCUAAAAAAUAUGAAAUAUUAGAUGUAAUAAGGAAAAACUCAAUUGUUAUUGUUCAAGGGAGUACUGGUUGUGGUAAAACUACUCAGGUUUGUCAAUUUAUACUUGAUGAGUUCUUGCAAAAUGAUCAAGGGGCACACUGCAAUAUAAUUUGUACGCAACCAAGAAAAAUAUCAGCCAUCUCUGUUGCUGACAGAGUGGCUUUUGAAAGAAAAGAAGAUAUAGGUUUAAGUGUUGGAUAUAGUGUUAGAUUUGAUAGCAUAUUUCCGAGACCGUAUGGGGCAAUUUUGUUUUGUACAGUUGGUGUGUUAUUGCGUAAAUUGGAAAAUGGCAUGCGUGGCAUAUCACAUAUAAUUGUUGAUGAAAUACACGAGCGUGAUGUAAAUAGUGAUUUCCUCAUGGUUGUACUUAAAGAUAUGAUAUAUAACUAUCCUGACCUAAGAGUUAUUUUUAUGUCUGCCACGAUUAAUACUGAUAUGUUUUCUAAUUACUUUAAUUGUUGUCCUGUCAUUGAUGUAGAAGGGAGAUGCUAUCCUGUGAAAGAAUAUUUUCUCGAAGAUAUUGUUCAAAUUUUAAAUUAUCAGCCAACUCCAGAUAUCAAAAAACGUAAGAAUAAAGAUAAAGAUGAAGAAUCUGUUAUUGCUGCUCAGGAUCAUGAGGAAAAUUGUAAUUUACUUGUAUCUGAUAACUAUCCCCCGGAAAUCAAAGCUAAAAUGGCCUUGAUUAGUGAAAAAGAUGUUGAUUUUGAAAUUAUUGAAGCAUUAUUAAUGCACAUUGAAGUUAAGAUGAAUACACCUGGAGCAGUUCUAAUAUUUUUACCUGGUUGGAAUUUAAUUUUUGCCCUCCAAAAAUAUUUGACUCAGAAACAAUUUUUUGCAUCUUCAAAAUUUUGUAUACUACCACUCCAUUCUCAACUUCCGUGUGCAGAUCAACGUAGAGUUUUUGAACCUGUACCAUCUGGAGUAAGAAAGGUAAUUUUAUCUACAAAUAUAGCAGAAACAUCAAUAACUAUUAAUGAUGUAGUAUUUGUAAUUAAUUAUUGCAAAGCAAAGAUAAAAUUAUUUACUACACAUAAUAAUAUGACUCAUUAUGCAACGGUUUGGGCGUCUAAGACAAACAUGCAGCAAAGAAAAGGCCGAGCUGGCCGUGUUAAAGACGGUUUCUGUUUUCACUUAUGCUCAAAGGCACGUUAUGAUAAAAUGGAUGAUCACAUAACACCAGAAAUUUUCCGUACACCAUUACAUGAAAUAGCUUUAUCUAUUAAAUUGUUACGACUUGGAGAUAUUGGACAAUUUCUUAGCAAGGCUAUUGAACCUCCUCCCAUUGACGCUGUAAUUGAAGCCCAAGUGAUGCUCAAAGAGAUGAAAUGUCUUGGAACAAAUGAAGAGUUGACGCCACUUGGUCGUAUUUUAGCAAAAUUACCUAUCGAGCCACAGAUUGGUCGCAUGAUGGUAUUAGGAAAUAUCUUAAUGCUAGGUGACGCUUUGGCUAUUAUAGCAGCUAUCUGUUCAAACAUGACAGAUAUAUUUGUAUUUGAUCAUAGAAUGACACCAGCACAGCGUGCUUUCUCUGGUAACCGUUGUUCUGAUCAUUUAACUGUACUAAAUGCUUUUCAUCAAUGGCAAUCUUUGGUCUACCGUAAAAUUGAUACAACAGAAUUCUGUGAACGUAAAAUGUUGUCGCAACCAUCAUUGACUACAACAGCAGAUGUUAUGGAACAACUAAAAGAUCUAUUUAUCAAAAUUGGAUUUCCUGAAAUAUGUUUUGAAAGACAAAGAUUUGAUUUUGGAAAAACCGGAAUGGAUGAUGAACCAAUAUUAGAUGUAGUAUCUGCCAUUUUAACUAUGGGCUUUUAUCCUAACGUGUGUUAUCAUAAAGAAAAACGAAAGGUGUACACAACAGAAGGAAAGGCUGCACUUAUUCAUAAGACAUCUGUAAAUUGUAAUAAUGUCAUGGCCGCUGGCUCUUUCCAGUCACCAUUUUUUGUAUUUGCAGAAAAGGUACGUACUAGAGCUGUAUCUUGCAAGCAAAUGACCAUGGUAACUCCUAUUCAUCUUCUAUUGUUUGGUGCUCGUAAAAUUGAAUAUACCAAAGAAUUUGUCCAAUUAGAUAAUUGGAUAACUUUAAAAAUGGAUGCUACAGCUGCUUCUGCGAUUGUAGCUUUAAGACCAGCUAUUGAAAGAUUAAUUGUUCAGGCAUCUGAACAACCAGAAUUAAUUGGAAUGUUAAGUGAAGCAGAUAUUAAACUUAUCAAUAUUCUCAAAGAACUAUGCAAUUUUAACUGUGGUAGAUAUAAUCUUUCUCCAAUAUCGUUUGUUCAAGGUGAUAGACCAAAUAAUAAAAGACAGUUUAGCCAAGCAUUUAAUGAGAGCGAUGAAGCUUCAAAUGCUAAAUUUCAACAUAUUAAUCAUUCCUACCCUAGCUAUAAUAAUUUUCAAAGAGGGGGUAGAGGAGGUUAUAAUCAAGGAAGAGGUUUCCGUGAAAAUUCUUCAUCGUUUCGUGGUGGAUAUAACCAAAGAGGUUAUUAUGGCGGUGGGCGCUCUGGAAGAGGACGAGGUUUCAGAGGCUAUAGCGGUGCAGACGGCUUUAAAAGAGGUUACUGA